CGCGUACGCAAUCCUUAACGGCUAAGUCGCUGACGAUGGGUUCGUCAAUGCUGCCUCUUUAUUGAGGCGACUGCGGAGAAGGCACCUUCACUGCACCGGCGACCGUAAGGGUACGGAAUUGACACGAGCGUACCUCAAGAACUGCUGGCAAAUCAUCAUCAAUGGCACCCUCGCUGCGCGCCCUCGUGUCAUACGCCAGCAGCUUGGUUUCGCGCCUCCCCUUCUUCAACAGCAACGACGUACGCGAUGUCUCACCCUACGAACCCCUCAGCGCCGCACCCUUCUGUCCUUUCGACGGGCCCAUGAGUUGCCACAACGACACACCCGUCACCGGCGAUUCGUGCUGUUUCGUGUACCCCAGCGGACGGAUGCUGCUCGCCCAGCGAUGGGAUCAAGACAUCCACGUACAUGGCGCGGAGGAGGACUGGACGUUGCGCGGGCUUUGGGCCGAUCUCUGUGACGGCAGCAAGGCACACCACUGCAGCCUAACCCCGAAAUACACCAACAUCACGGCCAUCCUCCGUCACUACGGCCAAGGCGAGCUGCUGGAGUUCAUGAACCGGUACUGGUUCGCCGCAUCCGGCCCCAACGCCGACCUCUGGACAUCCGAGUUCAACAAGCACGGCACGUGCAUCAACACGCUCUCACCCGCGUGCUACGGUCCCUCGCAUCGCCCGGGGAUCGAGGUGAUCGACUACUUCGUGCGCGCAGCGGCUCUCUUCCGCAUGCUCGACACGUACCGCGCGUUACAGCAAGUCGGGAUCGUGCCGGACGCGGGCAGGCAGUACGCGUUGGCCGACGUGCGGAAGGCCUUGGAACGGUUCAGUGGUGGCAGGGUCGUUCUGAGAUGUAGCAGCGCCGCGGGGGACGACGAGGACGUAAGCCAACAGGCAAAGGGGGAUGAUGUACUGCGUGAAGUGCGGUACGUCUUCUUCAUCACGGGAAGUUUGCAGACCGGCCAGUUUGUGCCGGCGCAGGAACUGGGAUUAGGGCCGGACGGGAACGCGGGAAAUUGCGCGCCGCGGGUGAGGUAUCUGCCUAAGAGGCGGAUGCUGGAGUUGUAAGGGGGCUUAUGGAAUGUCAUGGCUGGGCCAGUUAUGCUCGAUGGUGGGGACGUCUCUGGCGUUCACGGUGCUGCUCAUCGGGUCCAUAUGAUGCCUGCUUUGUAGACGUGCUGCGUCU